AUUAGAAUAUUAUAAGGAUGAUGAUGAUGAACAAAUCCUUGGUCCCAACGCUGCUACUGCUGCUCCUCAUCUUCUCUGCUUCGGAGAUGAUGGGGGGUGGUGCUGAGGCUCGAAUGUGCCAAUCUCAGAGCCACCACUUCCACGGAACCUGUAUACGUGACCACAACUGCGCUCUUGUAUGUCGCACCGAAGGCUUCUCCGGCGGUGAAUGUGUUGGUUUCCGCCGCCGCUGCUUCUGCACUCACCGUUGCUAGCUACCUACCUAAUUUCUUUUUAAUUGCUAUAUAUGCUAUGCUUUUUUCUUUUUUUUCUUUUAUCAUCUCCUCGAUCGCUCCGAUCCUCUUCCUAUCACUACUAUAUCAUCACCGUUAUUACCUUUCCAUUUCAUGAAUAAACAUAACUACUUUUUUAUUA